AUGCACACCUCUGGAUUAUGGGAUAUUAUAUGCCUCUCUGUUUUUAAGAUAUACUGGUUUGUCAUUGUAAGACAGAGUUUCUUUCCCUUCCCAAAGCAGUUUCUUCUUUAUAUUUUUGAUAAUCUGUGGAUUAUCUCUGCAAUUAUUGUGCUAUGCGCUUCUAUUGUAUACCACGGUAAGUUUUAUUUAGAGCCUUCUGCCGCACCGCUUUCUCUUGUUCUCUGCUUUUGCGCGCCAUCUUUCUUAUUUCUCAUAUAUUAUAUAACAUACCAUAUGUGCUCUGCUCCUUCGCUGCCUAGCUAUACUACUAGAAAUAUACAUCGACCAGAACCGCUUGAAGUUUUCAUAUAUAUUAACUCAAAUGGAGAAGAGUGCACGCUUUUCUCCCGCCCUACAGAGACACCAAAUUAA